AUGGUGCCUGACCUUGUCCGGCUUCUCUUGAGGUUCCGACUGCACAGAAUUGCCAUAACAGCGGACGUGCGGAAGGCACUCCUGCAGAUUGGCAUAAAGCAAGAGGACAGAGACUUUCUUCGUUUCCUAUGGUUUUCUACACCGCCAACCCCUGGCCACGAGAUGCCUCCUGUGGAAGAAUGGAGAAUGACUGCUGUACCUUUUGGGACGGCAGCGAGUCCGUUUCUGCUGGCGGCAACCCUCUCCCAUCAUCUCAGACUUAUGAAGGAGGAAUUCCCUGAGACUGCGACAGCGCUAGAGAGCUCCAUGUAUGUUGAUGACAUGACUACCGAAGCUGCAACAUUGGAGGAAGCGCUGCGCAUCUGUUCUGAAUCAACUGAUAUUUUCAAAAGGGCAGGGAUGGAGCUGGGCAAAUGGGCGUCUAGCUCUAAGGCACUAAACGAUGUGUUUGAGGAACAUACCGCAAAAAACGUGACCUGCGCACUGGGAACAAUGGCUGAAACAAACGUGCUUGGAGUCGUAUGGAACAAGGAAGACGACGUGUUCAAGUUCGACACUUCUGCCAUCGUUGAGUUCCUCACGUGUCGAAAGAACACGAAGCGAUUUUUGCUCCAAGCAACGGCUAGAAUAUUUGACCCUUUGGGAUUUCUCUCCCCAUUCGACUGUGAACUACCAGAUGAUCUCAGCUCAGAGUGGGACACGUGGUGCCAAGAUAUUCCGAAGCUGAGCCUGCUACAUACGCAGCGGUGUCUCAUUCCUAUCAGCGAGCAGACUCGGUACACUGUCCAGCUUCACGUUUUCACCGAUGCCAGUCCGCACGCGUAUGGAGCUGCUGUUUACCUGCGAGUGCGGACUGAGACUGGACAAGUGCACGUGAACCUCAUGCUUGCUAUGGCACGGGUAGCACCCAUCAAACGUCUCACGUUGCCACGACUUGAAUUAAAUGGGGCCCUGAUUGGAGCUAGGCUACUCAGCUACGCGGCAGGUAUUCUCCACGCGCCUGCGGCUGAAUAUCACAUAUGGACGGACUCCACAAUAGCGCUUAGCUGGAUCCGAUCGUCUGCGAACAGAUGGAAGCCAUUUGUGAGCAAUAGGGUUAGUGAAAUCCAAGGCAUCACCGAUCCAGCGAGGUGGAGACAUUGUCCCGGCCACUGCAAUCCGGCCGACUUGGUAACAAGAGGCAUCACAGCUGAAAUCUGUGUUUCGAGCUCGUUGUGGUGGAGUGGACCGGAAUGGCUGCAGCGAGAAGAGGUAUGCUGGCCGGAGCCUUACGUUCACACGGCCCCUGACGACACAGCACCGAACGUUGUCCAUGAAGAACGAGCGGAAGCGUCCUCACCACCACCCUAUCUUAUAUUGGGUGUUGCAGAUAUUGAAGGCCGUCUACUGCAACUUGAGCGCUUCAGCAGGCUAUCAAGGGUAUUGAGAGUGACCGCAUGGGUCAUGAGGUUUGUGGCGAAAUGCCGCCGAACUGAGGACACACCGACCGGACCACUCACCACCGAAGAAAUAAGAGCAGCGGAGACGUACUGGAUACGUCGCACGCAAGAUGAACACUACCAACCGGAAAUUCACGCACUCUGUAAGCAGCGCUCAGUUAGUCCUGAAUCAGAGCUGUUCCAGAUCAACCCCUUCCUCGACGACCGGGGAAUGUUGCGAGUGACAGGACGACUCCAACAAGGACAGUUGGAACCAGCAGUUCGGCACCCCAUCAUUCUACCUCCACGACAUGGCUUCACGGAGCUCGUGAUUCAGAGCGCACACUGUCGCAUUUUGCACGGAGGAGUGUUGGAAACUAUGACUGAGCUAAGAGAGAUGUAUUGGAUACCUAGGUGCCGACAAGUUGUGAAACAGAUAGUAAGGAGAUGUACAGUCUGCUGCAGAUACAAACUGAAGCCAGCGACGGCUCCCACGGCUCCUUUACCCGGUGAGCGAAUCACACGCACACAUCCCUUUGCCGUCGUGGGCAUUGAUUUCGCGGGACCUUUGUAUGUGAAGACAGCCGUCGGAGACGCAAAGAGCUAUAUCGCUUUAUUUACAUGUGCGGUAACUCGGGCUGUUCACCUUGAAAUUGUAUCCAGUUUAUCGACGACGAACUUUCUAUUGGCGUUCCGGCGUUUUGCGUCCCGAAGGGGCCUGCCAGAACUGAUCUACUCGGACAAUGCUUUGACUUUUCGACGAGCGGCUAAGGACAUCAGAGGUCUAUGGGAGCAUAUAAACAGCGCCGCAGUCAGAGACUUCUGCUCCACCCACAACAUCAGGUGGAGGUUCAUCGUUGAACGCGCCGCCUGGUGGGGCGGAUUUUGGGAAAGGAUGGUACGGACGGUAAAGGGUUGCCUUCGAAAGACACUGGGAAAGGCCCGGCUUGGAUACGAAGAACUAGAAACCGUCCUCCAUGAAGUGGAAGCCGCGGUCAACUCGCGACCACUGACCACCCUAACGUCUGACAUUGACGAGAUGGAGCCGCUCACACCGGCUCAUUUCCUUAUCGGAAGGAGGAUGACAGCGCUGCCACCCUUAACAUACCGCACAUCACCAGCCGCGAACGCAAAAGAUUUGACCCGCCGACUAGCACACCGACAGCAAAUUAUUCGGAGGGCCUACGGAGCAAGUUUUGUUGCUCCGCCUAGCGUAAGUCUGUUCGACAGGCAGAUUGGGAACACUUCUGCAGUCUCCGAAUGGGAGCUUCUGAGCGGCAUUCGAGCCAAGGUCGCUCCAGGGAGCAACCCAGACUGCUCCGCCAAAAUAGGCAGAUUCAACCGGAACUCUUUGUGA